AUGGCAUUCUCCUCUCCUUUUGGAGUCAAGAAAUAUGAAAGGCACUUGGAGUUGCCAAUGGCUACAAUAAGUCGUGAUCACAACGAGCCACCAAAGGUAUCUUUAGUUUCUCCAGCAAGAGGUACUCGAGAAGAUGGUCAACUUAUCAGCAGGUCGGCCUUCUUGUCGUCAUCCCUCAUGGCCGUUAUGGCUGUCUCUACAACAGGCUUGUCGGCACAACCAUCACCAGCCAAUGCUCAGUCGUCGUCCACAGCAGAAACCGACACUAUAUUACCAAAGUUGGAUUCCUCCGUGGAAACAAAGACCAAUGACAAAAAGAAAUCGACAAGCAGCAGCAACACCCUGGAAGAAAGUAUCUCUGGCUUUAUCGCCGGUGCAUCCUUGGCAACGACCAAAACCAUUGUCAAGUACCCACUCGAUACUGCCACGGUCCGCCUCCAAAUGCCAAGAUCCGACUAUUCUAUAAACCAACCUGGAAGACUCCUCCAAGGAAGUUUUCGUGGCGUUACGACUCCCUUGCUGUGCAAUAUCCCGGCCGGUGCCGUAUUCUUUGCCGUCAAGGAUGCCACCAAGGAAUUUCUCAAGACGUCUUCGUCACAACCACUCCCACGAUGGGCGUCCACCAGCAUUGCCGUGUUGGCGGCUACCGUUCCGUACAUGCUCGUACGCAAUCCCAGUGAAGUCAUCAAAACACGACAACAAGCUGGUGUGGAGGGGUAUGGAGAAGGGGUUUCGGCACUGCAAGCCUUUGAGAAUGUCAAGAAUGAUGGAAACAGCAGUACAUUGGCCAACUUUUAUUUGGGCUACUGGGAAAAUGUCCUCUACACCUAUCCCGCCGAUGUGAUCAAGUUUGUCAGUUACGAAAACUUUUCCGGUGGACGAAAGAAUCUACCACCGCUCGAAGGCGCCGUGUACGGAGCCAUGGCCACGGCCACGGCGCAAUUUCUGACCACCCCACUGGAUGUGAUUCGAAACCGUGUCAUGGCAGGCACAACAGACGGCAACGAGACCAAAUCAUCCUAUGUGGAAAGCUUGACGAGAAUAGCUCAAGAGGAGGGACUGGCAGGGCUGUUUGCGGGCGUGAGCCCUCGUGUGGGCAAGGCACUCCUCAGCGGAGCUAUUCAGUUUGCUACCUAUGAAGAAACAAAACAGACACUUGCUAGCUACUUUCAACGACAAAAGAGAUGA